UCCAAUGUCAAGGUCAUGGCAGAACCGGGGCGGUUCUUUGCAGCAUCGCCUUUCACCUUAGUGACAAGUGUGAUUGCAAAGAGGAAGUGCACGGCCGUCGUUGGGGAAAGAGAUCUAAAUGAGCUGAAGACUUUGGACCCGGAGAAGCCCCGUGACGUCACCCCAACAUAUAUGUAUUAUAUAAAUGACGGUGUAUAUGGAUCGUUAAGCUUCGUUCUCUCAGAAGACACUUGCAUGAUACCUACAUUAGUCAAGGUACCCGCUAGUGACGUGACCUUCACCUCCAGCCUGUGGGGUCCGACAUGUGACGGCAGUGACUGUGUCCUGAAGGAAGGGCCUCUCCCCGAGCUCCAGAUCGGGGACUGGUUCUACUUUGAGAACAUGGGCGCCUACUCUCUCAGUCUCCACUCACGAUUCAAUGGAAUGGCUGUACCUGAGGGUCAUUAUAUGUGCGAGGAAGAGAUCUGGGAAACGGUUUUGAAGGGAGCAAGACAGAUUGAUGGAUAUAAAUAAGAUCAUCUAGUUUCUCCUGAUUUCCAGUUGACCAAGCAUGGUGUUUGUAUCGGUUUGUCCUAUUUAGAGAAACACAUGUCACGUAGAGAUAUAAAUCAGUGUCCAUCUACCGCUCAACCAUACUUGAGGUUCAACACAAUAUACUUUAUAUAUGUCUCAGAUACAUGACCAAUUCAUUUUUAUGCAGCCCUAUCAGACAGUUUAUAAACUGGAAAGUAGAAAUUGGAUAACUAUCACGACAAGUGGAUGGCUUUGGAUGAAUGAUACCAUUAAUGUAUUUUAUCACGUGGAAGCUCAUA